AUGGACAUACUACCAAGAUGGGAAACUUUAGGCCGAGCCAGUCACGACAGCCCUACGUUAGAUUCUCACCUUGAUGAUGCUGUGGCCGUCGCACUACUCUUUGCUAUCGUAGUACUACCGCCACUUGUGGGCAUCCGCACAAUGUACACGAACUGUUGGUUUGUUUUCACAAUGUUCGCACACUUGCUCGCAUCGAAGGCAGCGCUAGGCAUCGCUACAUCCAUGGGUAUCACCGUUAUGGUUGGAUGGUAUUCAUUGCGUGUCUUUGAUCGCUACGCAUUUACUGCUAUUCUUAACGGCUGGCUGGGAGUCUGGGCCAGCUCCCCUUUUUUAGGUAUCUUAGCUCGUGUGGGCGACUUUGUGCUGCACUUAUUUGUGCCAUUGCUGCUGGUAACUUGCUACUUACCGCUUGUUCGCGUAUGGAUGAGUGUCCCAGCUCUAAUAUCGUCUCGCUUGUGGAGCCACUGUGUGGUGGGUGGUGGCGUUUUUCCCAAGGCCGAUCAUGUAUAUCGUUUCUCACCGCCUCGCUCCCAACAUUUUUGGAACGCAGCUUACAAGAUGGAGCUCAUGCUUAACAUGCUCGUUCCGCUCUUUUGCGUACUAGCUCACCAGAGAUCGUUUUGGAUAUAUGUUGCGACGGCAAUCGCAGGGACAAUUCUGUUUUGUCUUCAGCUAAUUCGAUCGCUUUCGCUGCCAAAAUUGCGACAAAAUGCAAAGAUAAUUAUGUGUCGUCUAUUAUCUAGCGGCGGUAUAAGAUCGAAUAGGGAUUUUGAUGUUCGGGACGAUUCUUUUUGGCUGGAUUGGAUGAGCGAAGGACUUGUAGCGAUUGGCGAGUCAUAUGUUGGUUGUCUCUGGGCUACCAACUCUACUCGGACACUUGACGAUGUGAUCUCCAGCUUGCUCACCAUACCAAUGGAAGGUAGACAGGAAAUGUACCGAUCCUGGAGUGCUCGCUUUGUAGCGCUAGCAGCGAGGCUAUUCAAUUAUCCCCCAUCGUCAAUGGGUCUUGUGGUUGGUGCAGUGUCGGAGCAAUUUGAUCUUUGUCCAGAAUUUCGACAGUCAUACAUGGAUCGAUAUUUUCACCAGGGAUUUGGUCUCUGGACUGCACAAGCAACGACCAUUGAUGCUGCACAGUCCAACAAGCUAGCUGAUCUAAACCGGCUGCUGGAUAUUCAGACUGGCCAGACUGUCUUAGAUAUCAGUAUCGGCUCGUGGGGUGGAGUGGGCUGUUAUCUCGCUUAG